CUGCUCGUCAAUUGGAGGAGGCAUGAUGCAUCACGUUUCUUUUAUUUGCUUAAAUUAUUUUGGUCAACAGAGUCGGUAGUUUUGACAACCCAACUCUUGGCACAGGUCUGAUCUCUCUCAUCUCUGCUUUCUAUACCGAUGCUCUUUGUAACCUUUUUCUUUCAAACAACUUAAUUUUGGACUUUCUACAGCAGUAAUGGUCACUAAAAUAAUACUCAGGAUCGCCCAAGUGGUUGCCAAUUUGGUCGCCCAUAAAUUCUUAAUUAUUGCUUUUUAAGUCAACAUGUUCCAUAAUUUGGAAAACCUAAAUAUUUAAUGACAUUUGACCUUUAAAUUUAUAAAACCCAAUUCUCAGGUGGUCUAUCUGCACCUCGAUUCUCUAAUCUGUCCCUUUUUAACCUAUUAUUUAUGCAAAAAUAAUCCUAAUUCAUGAAUUAAAAUCCAUAAUUUAUAAUAAGUCGAGCAGGUAUGAGCACUUCUAUUGGAGAGGUUGGCAAUUAUUUUAUAGAAGAAAUCAUUCUCAUCCAUUUGGUUUGCUAGGAAUUAGGCUUGAAGCAUAUCCUAGUCAUGACGCCUUUUAUGAUAUGUACAUGAACUAAAGUACAGAAAAGCAGACAUAUUAUUUUUGAAUUGAAAUCCAUUUGCCAUUUGGAAGCUUUUAACCAAUAUUCCAACGCCCCUGCACCGAUAACAUUGACCUCAAAACCAAGUAUUAUUCUAUAUAAUAAUCCCAAACCAGUUCCAUAAGAAACCCAAUUCACCAUCUCCUACUUAAAAAGCCUUUCAUGGAGUUCGAUUGCAGUACUCUUCAAUCCAAUAUGGCCAUGAACACAUAUGAUCAUCACCACUAUCUUGAAGUAGUUGAAGAUGGCGAGCAUGAUAGUAAUGAUAUUCUCUAUGCAGAAAUCAGGAGACAGAUUUUGCUUUUGACAGCAGAUGAGGAUGAAGAUUUUCAGAAAACCAGACGGAGAAACUCCUCUGGUGUUGCCAAAGGAAGAAGCUCAAAAAACAGCUUAACUUCUGCUUGUAGUUACCCUGCUAUAUUACAACCUGGAAGCUAUUUCAACUGGGGGGAAAAUGAGGAUGCUAAUUCAGUACCUGCGUGGCUCCUGAACCUGUGGAAAAAUGGCAAUGGAACAGGAGUUUUCAUCCCUCAGAUUGUCAAAUCCAGAACUUAUUGUAAGCCAGGUCGGAUGAAUAAAAGAAUGUACAAGCGGGUGGAGAACAUGUAUCGUGAACAAAUCAAGAGUCGAAGAACCCAGAAAUAGAAUCUACCUCAUCAUGGAAGAUGCAUGCCAAUAUGACAGGAUUGAAAGAAAACAACUACAUAGGAUGGUCUAAAACAUAGAGUGCAUGCAGAUCAAUAUUGUAAUGUUGAAAUAAAAUCAACUGCUGCAACAGUGGCAGCUAGCGCCUCUGGAAAAUCCUACCUCAUUAUUCAAGACUCCAUAGCAACAUGAUAAUGAAACGGAAUGGUUUGUAAAUGAUCUAAAGCAGCAGAUCUCUCUGAUGGAAGCAAAAUAAAGGUUUUCAGGCAUUAUGCCGGAAUCACAGCAUAUUUCCAUUAA